UGGAGGCGGAAGCUGUAACAUAAACAGAAGAGAAGCAGAAGAAGAAGCAGAAGAAGAAGAAGAAGACAGCUCUUCUUCUACUGUGAAUGUCCUCUGUAUCCUCCCUGUUUUCUGUGUGUCUUCGUGAACUAGUGUGUGCUUAGUCAUGGCCUCCAGAGACCUCAGCUUUCUAGGAGGCAGGAUACCACCGGAAAUUGAGUCUAUGUCGAAAAACCUGAAGGAUGUGGAUCACGAGAUGUUCAGAAGAAUACUGAAAGCUGUGGUCAGUGCCCUGGAGGGGAAGGACAGCCGAGAUGUGAUGAAGGCGAUAGCAGAGAGCAGCACCAUCCCACAGGAGAGACUGAGUCACAUCGUAGCCGGCAUGUACAGAGUUCUGUCCGAGGCCAUCCGCAUCCCCACGUCGUCACUCAAACAGGAGGCCUUCAAAGAUGAUCUCAGAGAAUUAAGGAUACCUGAAGACUUUAUCACAGAUUUCUCCAGUGUGGUGUUUGGAAAUCGACGUACAGCUCUAGAGGCUGCGACCUCCCAGAAUGAUCCUCACCUACCCACAAUAGAAGACUUUAAAUGGAGAGUGGAUGUCGCCAUUUCUACAAGCUCUUUAUCCAGGGCUCUGCAGCCUUCUGUACUGAUGCAGAUGAAACUGUCAGACGGGAGUUUAAGUCGCUUUGAGGUGCCUGUUUCUAAGUUCCAGGAGCUCCGUUACAACGUGGCGUUAAUUCUCAAAGAGAUGAACAAUCUGGAGAAGAGGAGCAUUCUCAAAAUCCAAGACUAAUGCACCAUGCUGGGGUUUUAGGAAAUCAAACCCUUUUUUCUACUUGACGUUUAUGAGAUUUAGUGGAAAUGUACUUUACACACACACUCAUAUGCUUUGAAAGCAUUUGCAUCCAACAUACCUGACUGUCAGUGUCAACUAAUAAGAACAGAGCGGGCUGGAUCCUCAUCAGGCUGCACCACAUGAAUAAAGACAAGGCUUUUUUCUGUUUCAACCUGUGUGAAAACAAAUCUAUAAACUGUAUCCUUUGUUUUCUUGACUUUGGUUGUUAAUGCUUUAAAUUUCCAUGAUUCAGUUAACUCAUCAGUAUAUUUGAGACGGGUGCAAAGCUCCAUUGUGUCAACACAUGAGUGCAGCCAAAUUAAAUCUUAGACACUCUUACUUGGCCACUUAGACAGGUGUCAUGUGAUCUGUUGUUUUAGACUGGACAUCUUGUUGACAUGCUCCUGAAAGGACGAACACUGAUUGUUUUUUCAUGUUUUUAUACCUGGGACAGAGCAAAACCAGUGUUGUAUAAAAAGUAAAAUGAGGACAAUGGUUGUCCUGUUUUUUUUAAUGUGUUUUCAAUGAUAACAUCAAGAAUGUUAACCUCUGCAGCCACAUUUAUCUAAUAAAAAAUAUGUGUUAUUGUCUUUGCAAA